GUGCCCACCAAAAAAGGUUGCCAAAAAGGACCUACCGAGCGCAGCGGCAAUGCCACAGCUUUGUUCAAAUUCAAUCGCACCUCCUGCUUCCUCGAUCAGGUGGAAACAGGGAAGCCACCCGAAGCGGGACGUAGGAAAUUCCAGCGCGGCCAUUGCAAAUUUCCAUCUUCACAGCAACUCUGCUGCUUCAACCCAGAGUGCGACAUGCCCACAGAAGUGUUGACCUGGGCGCAAGUUAAUGACGCAGCACGCUGGCCAUUGCAGGCUCUGGAGAUCAAGCUGGUUUUUGGCUGGUCCAGUGCAUGCCUGCGCCUUGGAGCAAUCAGCGCAGAUUCCCCAUCGGGCUCCACCGUUCCCAAGCAGCGGCACGUGCAAGUCCGUGCUCAAGCUGUUGGCCAAUCCAAUCUGGUUCCACAUCAUGGCAAACUCGGGUGCUGGAGUUCAUGUCGCUACCAGCCCAGAGGGUCGUGGCACUCCUCGACCAUCACUUCUGACCUUUCUCGGCAAGACAGCAUUUGGCUCGAUGUGACGGUGCUUGCCGAAGAGGACCGCGUGAAGAAGGUGAUGCAGGCCUACUUCAAAGGAGGCAGGUGGCUUCAGAGCCGGGCCUGCCAAUUUCGCUGGCGCCCACCAGGCGAUUACAUGGCCACUUUUGCCAUCCAAAAGGUUGAGAAUGGAGGAAAGGUCGUGUUCAACCAGCUGGAAGAGGAGGCCCUGGAUCGGAGACACUUUGGCCAGGCAGUCACCUGCCGAGAUUUGAACCUACUGAGAGAAGGGAAGCUGGCACGCGUCUUUGCAGACUCAUUGACGGACCUCGACGAAGGAAUUCAAAAGAGAAAAGGGUCAGCUACAGUGGAGAAGAAAUUUCCCGCUCUGCCCUUCACAGCACAACAGAUUGUUGAGAAGAGUAUUCGUUCGGUAGGUUUUUUCAGUCCGGGCUUGGAGCGGAUUCUUCGCUUGACAGACUUGGCAGAUGAUCUUGAGUCAAGUUUCGAAGCACGAAGCGUGGGCCUGCAAGCAGAGGCGGCCGACGACGAGGCUGGAUGGGGUCGACGGGCUGCUGGUUGCUUCACCCGAGCGCGGCUCUUUCAAAUUGCCUUGGCAGCGAAUCUAUCCUUUGCGGCAACAAGGAUUGGUUCAUUCAAAGAGGUGGCAAUCAGGGAUGAUCUCUGCACACGGUAUGGAGGAGCAAAGCUUGGCUCCAAAUUCGUGCCCCGCUGGAAACAAGCUCUCCUAGUCGUGGUAAGUGGCGUAGCCUUCCGGCUUGAAGGAAAACAAUCAACACUUCCGGUGGUUGAGCCUAAGAAGAAAGAUACCUUCAUCUCCAGACAGACCAUCACUUUCCCAGAAAUUCAACUUGAAGGCCAGUUUGACUUUGCUGCUCGGAAGUUGAAAGGACUUCCAGAUGACUUGCCGCUUCCACAUAGGCAGCGUUUGAAUGAGGAAGUUGAACUUGAGUCGAAACGUACUUUGGAACCAGAAGAUGUGAGUUCUUCCAAAGUUCAAAGAAUUUCAGCAAUUGUCACACCAGACUUUGCUGAUGUCAAAGGCAACUUGAAAUUGAAGUCUAUGGAAGAGUCGUCGAAGUUUUUGAAGAGGUUCAAACUUCAUUUGGGAAUGGACUUGUUGGUGAAAACCACUGGUGAGCUUUCUGAAGGUAAGGCA